AUGCCUGAAACUGGUGAUAUUUUAGAACUAGAAGAAAUUCAAGGUAAACAAUUGCAAUUAAAAAAUAAAAUUCUAUCGAAUAUUUCUAUUUUUAAAUCACCACAUGAAUUUGAUGUUGACAAAUUUUUAUCACAAUCUGAAUAUAUUUUCAGUAAAUACAAAUAUCCUGAUUAUAUUCAUGUUAUUAAAAUAGGUAUAAAAUUAGAUCAUAUAUUACAAUCAUGGUUUACAAAUUUUAAACGAAAUAGUACCUUUACGUGGAAUAAUUUUAAAAAUGAAUCACCAAAUUUUUUAUAA